UUGGGUGUUUGUCGCUGAAAAGUGAGUGAGGGCGCCGCUCUGUCACCUGACGCGCGCGUGUAAUUCAUCAGCUGCACACCUGGGAGCGCAGAGUGCAUUCAACUCGCACUCCUCACUCGCAAAGUUGUCCGCUCCAGUUUCACCGUCUCUGUCGUUGGCCAACGCGGACUUCAGUCCUCGGCUUUUAGGUAACAAAUGGCACAUCUUUAGGAAAUCUCGCCUGUGAGAUGAAUCCAGCUACUUAGUCAUUAACUGAAAAAAAGAGAGAAAGAACUCGCAAGAGGAUCCAACUCCGCGCUCGCUCAUCGUUCUGCUCUGCCGGCUCGAGCUCUUCACUUGCGCUCUUUUUAUUCCCAUCUGGCGCUUUCGAGUGGAGGAACCUCGGGCUCCGAGAUAACGGAUCGAGAUAAGAGAGCGAGCUCGCCGCAGGUGAUUGAUGACUGUCUCUGCUCGCCUGAACUUCCAGAGAUGGCCACCGUGUAAACCACACCACAAAGUAUGAACCAUGAAGUCACCCAGCUGCUCCUCUAGCCAUCUGGACUUGUUUCCCGACAGUGACUCCAUUUUGUCCCUAGAAUCAAGCGUCUUCUGCAGUGAGACACAUCUGAACGAGAACCCGUUGGACGUCUUCAUCAUAAACGUAGGCGGUAGCAGAUAUGUGCUUUCUCACGAGGUGCUCUCAUCCUUCCCAGAAACUCGGUUAGGUAAACUGGCACUUUCAGCACGAGACACUAUGCUGGAACUUUGUGACGACGCAAACUUUCUGGACAAUGAAUUUUUUUUCGACAGAAAUUCACAAGCUUUCAAAUAUGUCAUGAAUUAUUACAAAACGGGGCGUUUACACGUCAUGGAGGACCUCUGCGCGGUGUCCUUCCUGCAGGAAAUCGAGUAUUGGGGCAUCGAUGAGCUGAACAUCGAUUCCUGUUGUAGAGAAAAAUAUUACAGAAGAAAGGAAUUAAGUGAAACCCUUGAUAUCCGGAAAGAGUCUGAAACAAUCGAGAAUGAAGAAGAUGACUUUUCAGGAGUUGUUUGUGAAGCGCUGAGGCAAAAGCUUUGGGAUGUCUUGGAGAAACCGGACUCCUCCAUGGCAGCAAAAACGUUUGGAACGCUCUCGGUGGCUUUUGUCAUUAUUUCCAUUGCAAACAUGGCUCUGAUUUCGUUGGAUUUUAGUACGCUUGAACCCCCCUUUCUGGAUGUUCUGGAGUACAUUUGCAUAGCGUGGUUCACAGGAGAGUUUAUUCUUCGAUUUGUGUGUGUAAAGGACAAGUGCAAAUUCAGCAAGAGCGUAGUGAACAUUAUAGAUCUCAUUGCGAUUUUACCUUUUUAUAUUACGUUAUUAGUUGAGAAUCUUCACGGAAGCUCCACUGAACUGGAAAACGUUGGGAGGGUUGUUCAGAUCUUAAGAUUGAUGAGGUCGUUGAGAAUGCUGAAGCUCGGAAGACACUCGACAGGUCUUAAGUCACUGGGGAUGACAAUCGCUCAGUGUUAUGAAGAAGUUGGUCUGCUUCUGCUUUUUCUCUCAGUGGGAAUAUCCAUCUUCUCCUCUUUGGAAUAUGCUGUAGAGCACAAUAUCCCCGACACAACUUUUACAAGCGUCCCCUGCGCAUGGUGGUGGGCUACCACUUCUAUGACCACGGUGGGAUAUGGCGACAUACGGCCUGAUACCACAUUGGGCAAGAUUGUUGCUUUUCUGUGCAUUCUGUCAGGAAUUCUUAUCUUGGCACUGCCAAUAGCCAUCAUCAACGACCGAUUUUCUGCCUGCUAUUUUACACUGAAAGUAAAGGAGGCAGCGCUGAGACACCGGGAGGCCCUGAAGAAACUGGCGAAAAACUCCAUUUGUGACGCCGCCGUGAAUGUGAAUUUAAGAGACAUUUACGCACACAGCAUCAUGGAAAUGUUACGACUGAAGAGCAGAGAAAGGGCAAGCACCAGAAGUAGUGGCGGUGACGACUUGUGGUGGUAGAGUUCGCUGGAUACAUCUGAGGCAGAUACUUUGUGUUAGGCAUCAGGAAAAGAGUUUGGGGAUUUCAGCGUUUAAAACUUCAGGAGAUUUGGGACUCAUAGCGAUGAUGAUUGUAAUAACGUACGUAUAAAAUGUUUUCCUCUCCGCUUUCUCUCUAAUGUUGCAGUGAUUGUUGAUGAGCUUUAGGAGCUGAGCGCUGGUAUUCAUUGUUGCUUUUCUCUUCCCGGGAUGUGAGACGGACUUUGAUUGUCGAAAACUCAGCUCCUGCUUUUGAAAUUGGAGGAAAAUUUAUAUUUGAGUAUUAAGCAAUGAUUGUCCACAAGCAAACAGCAGUCCAUUACGAUGCAGCAGGGCAGUGGUCUAUGAUCCCAGUCCUGAGGGAUGUCUCUACCCUCAGGUUUUCAUCCCAACCAGUUUUCCAUUGGACUGAGCUCAUUGUUUAUUUGCUUCACUUUCUUUCUUUCUCUUAUUCUGCAUUUAGAAAAGAGCAGUCGUGUGAGAUAUUCCAGGUCCAAGGAUUUUAUUUAGCCCUAAUUUCUCUUUACAUAAGAAAACAUGACAUUUGUAAUCUCAGUUGAAUCCAAUAACAGGCAGCAAUGAAAUAAAACAAACAAAAAGAGACAAGACAGGUUCAAACUUAAUGCAAGAAAUUCCAAACUGUUUACAUCGUUUGAAAAGUGGAUUU